UGUGUAACGUGCUCUCUCUCUCAGCCUGUGGGCUAUGUGGGCUAUACGGGGCAUCCCCGGACCCUCCCAGACGCAGUGUCUGCAGAUAGCCCGAGCACUAGAGCCGGCCUCUUCCUGAGUCCCCCCGAACAGCAGCACAGGAAGUUCUGCAGAAGUUGUAGCUGCUCCUGUCUGCGCUCUCAGGCGGCUCCCGGCUCACACAGCAUGCCUGGGGGCGGGCGGCUCAGCAUCAGCCCCGGGGUGUAUCGCCGCCAGUGCACGGGUGUAUGAGGCUGCAGCGGCUGCAGGGAUGGACGGGACCCUCCGGGAGUCAGGUCCCACAGAUGUUGGAGUCACAGAGACGCCGCUCAGAUCGGAUCCUGUACUGAACGGCCAGCUAUCCUCGCCCGGCAUCAGUGUCUUAGACCGGCUCAUCAAAACCUGCCCAGUAUGGCUGCAGCUGUGCAUGGCUCCAAAGCAAGCGGUGGAAAUACUCCGCAGAGAGCCGUCAGGGGUCUUCCUGGUGACACGAGAUGUGGAGAUGAAAUGUAUGAUCCUCUGGGUUAAUUUUGCAGAGCAGCAAGAGGCGGCUGGCAUACUCCGUUACAACAUCCGAGAGGAGAAGACAAUGAUGUACUUGGAAGGUUCCAUGCUGGUGUUCAAAGAUAUCUUUAAGCUGGUGGCGUUCUGCUGCGUCAGUCGAGAUAUUUUACCUUCCCCCUUGAGGAUGCCGCAUGUAAUAUCCAGCGCCCAAAGUCUGAAAGAUCUGGAAGCUAUUUCUAACCUCGGCACAGGAUUCUGGGACUCCUCCAUAAGACUCAAAGGGUCGUCCAUUUCUCAGGCUGGGAAUUUGUCAUCGCCCAGCAGUCUCACCACCUGCAAACAACUCCGUUCUAGAGAAGCGUCUGACUGUGCAUGUGAAGUUGAGGUUUCUGUUGGAAAUGACAGGCUGUGGUUUGUUGAUCCUAUUUUUAUUGAAGAAUGUAGUAACUUGCAAAGUUCUAGUAAACUUCCUCUUGCAAACUGUGAUGCAAAGCCUGACCUCCAGCUGCCUAAAAUUACCCAUAGGAGGCCUCCUCCACCGCCUCCUUCCUUACAUAAGCCACCACUCCCCUCAGUUCCUCCUUCUGCUCCUCCUCCAAAUUAUAAACCUUCAAACUCUCACUCACCUCCCGUAGGAUCUCCCACACCCUCAGCUCUUGUAAUUUCACCAGUAUCAAAGACCAGCUCUCUCUGCCCUGCUCCUGGCUCUCCACCAACUAACUCUUCUACUCUGUUUCCUCCUGCUAACCAUCCUUCUUCUGAUCCUCUCUCUCUGUGUCCCUCAUCUAAGUCUGAAUUUGAACCUCUUACUCUCCAUUCUUCUGAUAAUUCUUCCCCAACAAUUAGUCCUAUCUCUCUCAACUCUCCACCUAACUCUCCAUCAACUGGACCCCUUGCUGUAUGUUCACCUGCGAGUACUUCACCAACUCAAACAAGUCCAAGUCCUGAUUAUUUUACUACACCUGAGUCUUCUGCUCCUCUUCAACAAAGACAGACAGACUUACCCUUUCCUCCUUCCGCUUCUGAAAUUGGAAAAAAGGAGAAGGAUUUUGCUGAGGCAUCUACAGUUAUCUCCGAUGAGGUGGACCUUGUUGGCCAGUCUCUGACAAAUAUGAGAAUCAACAGUGCAGAAGAUAAAAAGGACAGUGUAGUUAAUGACUCGCGUCCACAUGGAUGUGAAAAUCAAACUCCGCCUCGAAUUCCACCUGCUGUGCCAAGAAGGCGACAAUCUGGAAAACUUCCAGAGACCACAACAAAUAUUUUGGCCAUGCAGAUGGACCUACAGGGAACACCAAAUCAAACCUCUCCUGACCUAAAAAUCAGUCGGACAAAGCCUGAACCGAAGUUACUAAAACAAGCAGAGACUUGUGUAAGCGACAGAACCAAGGUGGAAAAUAAGGUUACCUCGUCGGAGCUAAAUAGUGCAAAAGCUGAACAUGGCCGUAAACCACCACCUGUUCCACCUCCAAGAAAGAAUAAACUUUCUUCUAGGUCUUCAUCUCUACGUUCUAGCCCAGUGAAACAGGAUCCAAAAAGCAACUCAAAGACUCCGAAUCUGGAUAACCAAAUACAUUCCAGCGGUAUAAAAAAUGCAGAUUCCAAAGUGUCUCGUGACAAAAGAUUGUUGUCCCACAAACAGAAGGGCUCGGAUUCAUCUUUAAAUUCCCCAUCGAGCGACCUGAAUGCUCUGCCGUUAAACGCAGAGCCAGAUUCCUACUCUACCAGCAGUGCUGAAGAAGACCCAGAGAAAGCGGUCAAUUCUUCGCUCAAAAAGUCACAUUCAUUUAUGCUGGACAGGGCUAAAAACAGACUGUCCAUUGUAGCCAUCACCAACGUCUUCUCGGCGUUCAUGUCUGCCGACAGGAAGCUGCAGAAGAGAAUCAAUGAGCUGGCUCAUGACAAAGACUCCUACUUCGGGAACUUAGUCCAAGACUACAAAGCCUACAGUCUGGAAAUGAUGGCUAAACAGAGCUCCAGCACGGAGAUGUUGCAGGAGAUCCGGCUGAUGAUGACCCAGCUGAAGAGUUACCUAGUACAGAGCACGGAGCUGAAGUCCAUGGUGGAUUACACGGUCUACACUGAUGACAAGAUAGACACCAUUGUGGAAGCAGCUCUCUGUAAGUGUGUACUGAAGCCCCUGAAAGCCCCUAUUGAGAGCUACCUGCGUGAGAUACACAACAAGAACGGAUCGCUGCGUCUGCUGACUGAGAACCAGAUGGUCAUCCAGGACACCACCACGACUGACCUGGGCGUCACCACCAGUGUGCCAGACAGCAGCGUGAUGGAGAAAAUUACGCAGAAGUUUGUCACCAUGCACAAGACCUAUUCCCCAGAGAAGAAGAUAACCUAUCUCCUUAAGUCCUGCAAGCUCAUCUAUGACUCCAUGGCAACGGGAAACCCAGGGAAGCCCCAUGGGGCAGAUGACUUCCUGCCAGUUCUGAUGUAUGUGCUGGCCCGCUGUGACCUGGUGGCCCUACUCCUGGACGUUGAGUACAUGAUGGAGCUGAUGGACCCAGCCCUGCAGCUGGGAGAAGGCUCGUAUUACCUAACCACGACGUACGGCGCGUUGGAGCACAUAAAGAAUUACGAUAAGAUCACAGUCACGCGGCAGCUCAGUAUGGAGGUUCAGGACUCGAUCCACCGCUGGGAAAGGAGGCGGACGCUCAAUAAGGCCAGGGUCUCUCGCUCCUCUAUACAGGAUUUCAUCACCAUCUCUUUUGAGGAACUGGACUCCAAUACGAGGACCUUGGCCACAAAAUCAGACAUGAGCGUGGCUCAGGUUCUCCAGCAGUGUGCAGAGAAGUUUGAGGUGUCUGAACCAGAGAAGUAUGGACUCUUCGUGCUGGUGAACGAGCGGUGCCUGCGGCUGGCCGAAGACGCGUUCCCCCAGCAGGUGAAGUCCUCCUUGCUGAAGAACGAACAGAAGCUGGACUUCCACUUCCUGUACAAGACCACCAGUUUACAGGACACAACCAUGAAGGAACUGGACUUUCUCUAGUUCUUUAUGGGUAUCCGAUGUGGAUAUGAGAACUUAGUGGGGUUUACCCCCGUUGUUCCUUCCUGGGAGAAGACUGACAAGCUGGAGAGGGCUGGGCCCAUCCAUUUGUCAGACCACAUCUUGCAGGAUAAUUCAACCUUAUGUUCUGCACCAGUAUUUCUAUGCAAACCUCAGUAUUUUCCUGCAGAUUGUAGAUCCAUUGGUGUAAAUCGAGAAGCUGGAGGAACUGUCUCAUCUUAAAUCUAUCGCGGAGGUGAGGACUGCUUGUAAUGUAGUCAUGAGAAUAAUCCUCAAAUUGCCAGCAGAAUUGUGGAACCCUUGUUUUUAGAGAGAAUAAUUAAAUUUAUGAAAACUGUUGCAAGACGGAAAAGUAGUUAGUAACCAAUCGGAUGUUCACGAUCAUUUCUUAAGCUACAGUAGAAGCGUCACAGAAUUUGAUUGUCUGCCAUGGACAUGAUGGAUGGAUGCUUCAGGAGCAUCCACGUUUUGAGGUCCAUAGUCACGCUGUCGCACUGCAACCAAGCCAGCGUCAUGUUCUCUGUCUGCAGCGCGGUUGUCGUCUCUGCAAUUUUACAUCGUUGAUCACGGAAACAAAACUAUUUACUGUAACAUUGUCAAUGUUCUUGUAACGUACCUUGGCAAAUCAUGUAACUGUAUACAUAGUAUGGUGUACAGUAAUUAUUUAUACGUUAUAUAAACUGAACUUUGUAUAUAAUA